AUGAAGUUGGACAUGUACUUUUGCAACAAAGGAGGCCCGAAUAUUAUACCAAAGAGCGAAGAAGCAACUAUUUAUCUCCAUCAGAUACUAGGUGAUAACAACGAACUCCGAAUCAAGCGAAGUGAGAAGAUUAAAGAAAUAAUACCUCGUUUGAUUGAAGAGAAAAGGCUAAAUUGUGGCAUUCGGUGGACUAAAAAUGGGCCAAAACAGUCUGAUAAUGUAGCAUUCAAGUUUAACAGGCACGAAUUUGGAACACAUUGUUCUGAAUAUAGAUGUCGAUUUGAAAAAAGUAACAAAAAUCUUUGUGAAAAUGGCAUUGAAUGGAAACUUGAUUUAAAUAUGUCAUGGUUAUCAUUCGCCGGCUCGAUAGGCACACACUUUGCGCAAAACGGAUCGAAUGGAGUCGAACAUAAAUCAUGUCGGAUACUCGAAAGGUAUAGUCAAAAGAAAUUAUUAAUGGAAAGAGAACAUAUAAAACCUUCCGAGGAAUUCAAGAGUGACGUAGAGCAGGCUUUAAAAUUGGAAACUCAAGAGGAGAAGCGGGAAGCCCUGAAUGAAGUUUGCAAGAAAUAUGGGCAUUUUUGGGCGAGAGCAAUGCAACUGGGAGGGCUGAUUGUUAAAAACGAGGAAGAGUAUAAAGAAACCAAUAUUCAAUCAACUGGUGGAACUAUGGGCAUUA